AUUUUAAUAUAUUCAGAUAUAUAUCUCUUAUAUCUCUCUUCAUUAAGGAUUUUGGCCGAUGUUUUAGGUUUAAAAAUGACUUUACUUGAAAAAAAGUGAAACUUUCUGAAGGAUGAGGCAAACUGAGUAAAAGAGAAACCUAUCAUGUCCCAUGGUGAGAGGAAUUAAAACUGUAGAGAUUUAAUUCUCCGCAAAAUAAUGCAUUAAUUUGCUGCAGUCACAAACAAAGAUAAAGUGGGUCUUUUUAGUGGACCUUGAUCUACCGGGUCUUAAAGUCUUUUGCAGAAGUGUUACCAGAGAAGGCAAGAAAAAUCUGUAAGAGGUAUUUUUAACUGAGUCUUUAUUAUAUGAUAAAGGAAUAUGCUAUUUCUUUUCAGAAUAUCACCUACCCCUGUGUUUUGAGUGGAAAUUAAAGAGACACAUGUUGCCAUUUCUCUUUCGAGUCCUUUUAAAAAUGAACGUUUUUCCCCUUUAAGUGAAUUUCAGUUAACUUGGCUAUUCUCCUCCCUCUAAUUGAGGGAAAGGCCCCCUGCUUUCCCCAUCACAGGGAGGGGGCGGAGCAUCCUCUGAGAAGCUUGGGAGUGAGCUGUGCCAGGCCAGUCUUGGGGGAGGAGCUGCAUUUCACGAGGCUGCAGCUGACAAGAAGCUUCAAGCUUAGGUCAAUAUCAGAGAUACACACGACCUGGGGGAUCUGCAUGUGAUGCCAGUCGAGCCCCAGAAAGGCAGCGUGACCACAAAAGUGCCGAGCAGGGAGAAGGCUCUGCUGGACAAGCAGUUGGAGUGAGAAUAAAACCAACCACAUCACAGGGCCAGACUCCACAAUCCACGUGACGCUGGGGCGGGGGCGGAGCAUCCUCUGAGAAGCUUGGGAGUGAGCUGUGCCAGGCCAGUCUUGGGGGAGGAGCUGCAUUUCACCAGGCUGCAGCUGACAAGAAGCUUCAAGGCAGCCUGUCUCCUUCUGGAGUGAGAAUCAAGACAACCCGAUCACAGGGCCAGACUCUACAUCAGUAUCUUCCAUAUUGUCCCAUUCAAACAACGUGUUCAAGCAUCCUUGGGAUAUUCACCUGGAGGAGAACAGGCCACACAAGUCAUAAAACCUUUGUGGUUCUUUGUAGUUCUAAAAGAGGCAUUGGUAUAAGUACUGUUUUUGGUAGGAACUGCCUUAGUAGUGACAGGAAUAGCCAGACACCUUAAUCUCUAAUAAUAACCUCUUGGCACACAAAUCUAAAUCAUAAUGGAUGCUGAGUAUGUCUUAUGUAAUUGGCAAGACCAGUUGUGGCCAGCAAAAGUUUUGUCCAGAUCUGAGACUUCGUCAAAUGGUAAGAGGAAGAAGACAUUUUUUCUGGAAGUUCAAAUACUCUCACUAGAUGAAAAAAUUAAUGUGGAAAGCACAGAGACAAAGAUCCUAAGUAAGUCUGAAGUUGAAGCUAUUGCCUCCUCACUAGCAGCACAGUCAGAGGUCAGUGGCCCACCUAGCGAGGAAACAGCCUAUGCAAAGUCACUAAAAGUGGCACUGGAUAUUCUGAGUGAGAGAACAAAUUUGACUCAAGCAAGCAGUUCAGAUGAAGAAGAGACCACUACGCUGUCUCAGAAUGUGCCACAAAAGCUUUCUGAUUCACCCCCUCGUAAGAAGUAUCAGAAGCACGAGGAAGAUUUUCCAAAGUGUUUUGAGAAAAAUGAAAAGCCAGCAUCCUUGUUAGUGUCUUCAGAGAGUGAUGAUUCCCCGUAUGAUGACAAAUCACAGGUACAUGCAAUCAUUGACGCUAUGCCGAGUGAAAUGGAAACAAAGUCAUCACAAGACUUCAGCUGGUGCCAGAAUUUCCCUUCACUUUCAGAAGAUGAGGAUGAAAAGGAGAGCAAGAAAAAGAUCGACAUCUCCACAAUUAUGACUUUGCCUUCCACAAUCAAAGAGGAGGAUGUAUGUGUUAAGGAGGAAAAGUUCUCUCCAACUUUGCCGUCGGAUAUCUUUACUGUGCCCAAAGCUUUGAAAGAGGAGGCCCAGGACAUCUGCCCCGAGGCCCCAGCUAUUUCCUCUGAAUGCUCUACCUUCUCAGAGAAUAUUGAAGAUCCUGGAGAGGGUCCCUCAAAUCCAUGCUCAGAUACCAGCCAGAAUCAACCUACUGUGGAAUCAGAGACAGAUGCUGUGGCAUCCCCUAGGCCUUCUUCAUGGGAAUGUCAGGUUUCACUUGGUGCCUCUAACCGUGUCACAGAUUAUUCAUUCCUUCUUGUGAAUAAUGAAAGAAAUCUUCAGAGCCUGGAUUUUGAGGAACUUGGGGAAGAAUUUCAAGCUUCUGACAAGUCAGUGAAUCUAAAUUCUAUUGAUGCUUCCAUAUUAGAUGACAAUGAGGAAGAUGAAGAACUUCCACGCUUCCUUUUUCAUUAUGAGCCACGUUCAUUUGAAACAGGAAUGAUUGUCUGGUUUAAAUAUCAAAAAUACCCAUUUUGGCCAGCGGUGGUAAAAAGCAUCAGGCGAAAAGAGAGAAAAGCAAGUGUGCUUUUUGUUGAGGCAAAUAUGAAUCCUGAAAAGAGAGGCAUUAGAGUGUCCUUUAGAAGAUUAAAGAAAUUUGAUUGUAAAGAGAAACAAGCACUAGUGGAAAAAGCCAGGGAGGAUUACAGCGAAAGUAUUGACUGGUGCAUGUCACUGAUUUGUGACUACAGAGUUAGAAUAGGUUGUGGUUCUUUCACGGGCUCUUUCCUGGAGUAUUAUGCUGCUGACAUUAGUUAUCCACUUCGGAAAGUAAUCAAACAGGAUACCUUCAGGAACUUAUUUCCAAAGCUGCAUAAUGAAAAUCCCAUGGAACCAAUGGUUGUGACUUCCCAGACCAAGAAAAUGUCCUUCCAGAAAAUUCUUCCAGACCGAAUGAAGUCUGCUCGGGACCGAGCCAACAAGAACCUAGUGGACUUCAUUGUGAAUGCAAAGGGAACAGAGAGCCAUCUUUUAGCCAUUUUAAAAGGCACGAAAGGGUCCAGGUGGCUGAAAUCAUUUUUGAAUGCAAAUAGGUUUGCACCCUGUAUUGAAACAUACUUUGAGGAUGAAGAUCAAUUGGAUGAGGUGGUGAAAUAUUUACAAGAAAUCUACAAACAAAUAGAUGAAAAAAUGCUAACUCUGAUAAGAGAUGAUAAAAUUAAAUUUAUCCUGGAAGUUCUUCUGCCAGAAGCAAUCAUUUGUUCAAUUUCUGCUGUUGAUGGAUUAGAUUACAAGACAGCGGAAGCGAAGUAUCUAAAAGGGCCGUCUCUAGGAUACAGGGAACGAGAAUUAUUUGAUGCAAAAAUCCUAUUUGAAAAGAGACGGAAACCAUUAACAAAUGAAGCUCAUUAAACCUUCUCAGAGUCCAGCCGUAACAGGAAGCUUCCACAGAUACUAGUUUAAAAAGAAAAUCUCCGAAUGAUUCUAACAUAAAAAUAUUUUCCAGAAAUGGGAGACUUCGAGCGAUGUAUUCACUUUUUUUUUUUGCAAUCUCUAGGAUCUUUGAGUAUUGCUACAUCUUCAUUUCCUUUUCUUACACUUCUUCAAUUUAUUAACAUAUUUCAGCAGUUCUACUUUCCCAUACAUUUUUAGAAUGCAUAAUUCCUAAAUGAUUCAUAAGGGAAAGUACUAUUUUGUUUUUUGACAUUUUUGUGUCUAUGCUGUAUAGUUAAAUACAGUGUGCACAAUCAUUUUAAUAUUAAAGUUGCACUGGUUUUAGAUACUAAGCAAGAUAAUUAGAAAAAGUUAAAAAGUGUCAAUUAUAUAUUUUUGCUUAAUUUUUAUAAAAUAUUGGGUUUUCUCUUAAGAUAGCCGAAUUAUUUUUCCUGCCAUGCUUAUUUAUUUUUGGAAAAGAUAUCUCUGAGUUAUAGAACCAAAGAUAGAGACGCUUUGCUAUAUAUUAUAACUAGCUGCAAUUACUUUUUGCAAGAAAACAAUCUGGAAUUCAAAAAUAAAGUAACUGAACAACCUGCAUGCAGUCUAUGUGUGUGUGAGUAACAUCUCAGCAUGCAGAAAAUAAUUUUGGCAGCCUUGAACAGGAUUGUUCGUUCUACACUUCCCUGAAAUUCCAUUUGUGGGAGUGUCUAUUAUUCAAUAGCUAAAUGGUUCCUUAAAACAGACAGGCUUUUGGCUGUCUUCAUAACUAACAGUGGCUGUAUCUUAAUAUAGCCUUCUGACCACGUGUGGAAGGCAGCUAGAAUCGUUGUAUUCGUGGUCUGGCUACUCCCGAUGUGUAAGUCCAGGCUGACCACUUAAGAGCCCAUCCAGUUUGAUAUAAACUGUAGAAAAUGCAAGCACUUUGUUCUGAGUCUUGUAUCUCCAAUUACAUGGUCACUUGUUUCAAACCAGGCAAUUUUUAUCAUGUGGCUUAUUCGUAUGGUAGUUCCAAUUGCUUCCAAUAAUAUAUAUUCCAACUGGUAAAUCAUUCCAGACUACUAGAAAGAGUAGAUGGACCAGAAUCUGUGAAUUUGGAAAUGGGUCACAGAAAAAGUCUCUAUUUGGCCAAAUAUGAUAAUUAUCCUGAUACGUUUAAAAAUACACAACUGCAAGUUAAAGUUUGAAGCCAGUUAACUGCUUAUACUAACUUGAAAUAAGACUUUGGUGAGAAUAAAUAUAAAGAGAGCUAUUUUAUUCUAAAAACUUGAUGUAAAAAUAAACAUUAAAGGCUUAACGUGAACCUGUCUGCAUUUUUACUCCUAGAGUGAGACAGCUGUCACUCUUGGGCUUUUGUUAUGUGUUCACGUGGCCGCAUGUUUUAUGUAAAAUUUACAAAAGUUCUAUGUUUUGAUUUUCAAUAAAACUGCUCUAUCUCUCACCUUGGAUGUUCACUUCAUCAGACUUCAGAUUGUGCAGCUACAUAAGUGGUGUUUCUGUGUUAAUAUAGAUAAUACACAUACAUAUGUAUGGUUUCUUUGGAAUUUUGGCUUAUUGUAGUUGUCAUCAUUUUAAUGCUUGUUAUACAUUAUCUUAUCAUUCUAAAUAAAUGUUCACUUUCAUGAUUGAUUUCGUGUCAUUUUAAAAGAAAGCCUUCCAAAAUGUCUAAGCUUCAGAUUCCACAGAACUUUCUCCAGACCCUGCCUCCUGCCUAAGACCAAGACUCUUUGAGCAUACAGCCUUUACCCUUCCACAUAGUUUCCUCACGAUCCUCAUGAGCCUGAGGACCAUUUGACAACACACCAUCAGCACACUAUAUGUGGACUUUAUACCCUGGGAAGACACGCUGUAUUUAGUCUAUAAUAUUGUGUCCCUUUUAUUCUAGUAUAUUACUCACCUUCAGUUUUCUCAGUGGAGCCAUCUCUAUCUCUUGGU